AUGGGACAAGACAAUGGGAAUCAUCGGCGGCGUGAUCGGUAUGGCUACCGGUAUUCGGAAGGCAACGACACCUACCUAACACGCCGGGUGGAGAACACCAAUUAUCACUCGGACGUUGAGCAAUCCCGCCGGCGACAUGACAGCAGACAAGAUUUAUCGGCUUCGCAGCUUCCAAUUCGUCUCAAUGCCUCUGUAUCCAGUCCUGCCGAUGCAGUGAAUACGGCGCGGCGGAAUCGGGAACCAUCUCCUCCGCUGACACGGCGGUCAAAGCGGAGCGUGAGCAUUGGGCAAGCACCCGAAUCGGAGCGCUCUCAACCUUUGGACCAUCUGCAAAAUCCCUCACGGGCUGGAGGCUCUCGUGGUGUGUCACCAGCUUCUGACACCUCGCGUUAUCGCGACAAGUGGCAAAGGCCUGCUGAUAGCGAUCGUGUUAUUCCGAGCAUCAACAUAGUAUCGCCGGAUGAUCAGAUUCCUGAUGACCGGCACACGAGCAGGGGCCGGUCUUGGUCACGAAAUCCUGGGUCGGCGGUGCAGCGGGAAUCGAGUGCUGGAUCAUUGCGAUCCACGUCCCCGGCUACAGACUCGCUCGGCAAGAGAUCGUAUCGAUAUUCAGAGCUCAAGCGUGGCGAAAUAAGACUAGUCCGCAUCCUGCCCGCCAAAAUGUCUGCGAUUAAAUGCGCCAUUGAACACUACUCAUUAGCAAAUGUUCCAGAAUAUGUCGCGGUAUCCUAUGCUUGGGGAGAUGUGGGUGAUACGGAGCAGAUCUACGUCGAUGGGAUGAAGCAUUGCAUCUCGGCCAGUCUUUUUGGCGCCCUAUCGGCUUUUCGGCAGAGGGAAAACGAAGUCUUCAUCUGGGCUGAUGCAUUAUGCAUCGACCAGCAAAAUAUGAUUGAAAAGAGCAAACAAAUCAAGCUCAUGACGAGCAUUUACGCCAAGGCCAAGUCCGUAGCUAUAUGGUUGGGCCCUGAAGCUGACAAUAGCCAGUCGGCCAUUGGAUUCCUAAAAGAUUUAAGCGACAGAUCCAACUCGGGACAGGAGAUCAAAUCCUGGAUCGUUUCACCAGAGCUUCAGCAGGACCUCGCUGCCGUGGGCGGUUUGUUCUCGCGCAGCUAUUGGAAGAGAUUGUGGGUUGUCCAGGAAGUCUACAACGCCUCCAACAUCACCGUCUAUUGCGGAUCUUCCAAGAUUGCCUGGCGCGCACUCAAUGAAGCAUCAGACAUUUUUGACCGGUACGAAAGCGUCAUUGAUGCGCACUUUGCAAACAUUUCUACAGACCGUAGGCGCUAUCCGACACUCCCUGUUUCAUUCAAGCAUGUCAAGGCUCUCUUUUAUGAAGGGCCUAGGAGUCUCUUGGAUCGCCGAGAGUUGCGAAAUCAGGGCGAGGCGGUCCUCCUUCACGUUCUCAGACGGUGCAGAAGUAAACUGUCCGAACAACCAAAAGAUAAAGUCUAUGGUUUGUUGGGUGUACUACCAGAGCCAGUACGGAGUCAGUUCCCGGUGGAUUAUAAUGAUUCUGUAAAAGAAGUAUUCACAAAUGUCGUCGACUUUCUCAUCUAUACCACGAGGUCUUUGGACGUCAUUUGCGAGUCGAUCCAUUUCCCCCAGCACUCGAGCUCGGCCAAUCUGCCUUCCUGGGUACCCGAUUGGUCUCAUAAUCCUGCGACUACUUCGUUGAGCUCGUCCUAUGUUUUCUCGGCAUCGGGCAGCACUGUUGCGGAUUGGAAGUUUACGAAUCAUCGAUUACGGAACGAGCUAGAGAUUUCUGCCGUCUACCUUGAUUCAGUCAAAUCAUAUGGCGUUUCGGUCGGCACUCAGUGCACAUUGGCUGAUUACAUGAUGGCCUUUCUUCAUUGGAGAGCAAUCCUUGUGAAAACCUUUGGGCGCAUCGACCAAGAAAAAACUAGUAGAAAGGCGCACGAGGCCUUCUGUCGCACGUUGAACCUGGACCAAAAGACUUUGGAAGGACGGGGCGAUGAAUGGAUGGAGUCUUGCUAUCACGUUUUCUCGUCCUUGAUCAAAGACCGACUUCCCUAUCUUGCUAUUGAUUCCGAGCUCCAGUCGUUUGUCACUGCUGAUACGGGGGUGGAGCGCGAUGAGCGCCGCCAGUUUCUGCAAGAUCACUUUGGGAAGCACAUGAUGGGCCGAUCCUUUUGCAUAACCAAUGGUAAGCGUAUGGGCAUGGGUUCAGGUUCUAUGCUCGCUGACGAUAUUAUUGUGGUCCCAUUUGGAUGUCAAACGCCAGUAAUUCUGCGAAAAGAGACUUCUUCUCCAACGAAAUACAGGCUUGUAGGUGACAUCUACAUUGACAAGUAUAUGCGUGGACGGGCAAUGGACAUGCAUCGAGACAAUAUAUUAAAGGAGCAAAAGUAUGUCCUGGUUUAG